UGCCACGGGCUCGGCUCGGCGUGGUGGCGGCCCCCGCUGCCGCCCGCCGUGGCUGCCGCCGCCUGCCCCGGCCCGGCGCGAUGGUGAAGCUCGCUGCCAAGUGCCUGCUGGCAGGAGAUCCAGCUGUAGGUAAGAGUGCUUUAGCCCAGAUGUUCCGCAGUGAUGGGGCUCAUUUUCAGAAGAACUACACACUGACAGCAGGCAUAGAACUGUUGGUGAAGGCUGUAUCAGUUCCAGAGACAAGUGAUAGUGUGGAAUUCUUCAUUUUUGACUCUGCAGGAAAAGAUCUAUUUUCUGAAAUGCUGGAGAAACUGUGGGAGCAACCCAACGUCCUGUGCCUUGUGUAUGAUGUCACUAAUGAGCAAUCCUUCAACAACUGUAACAAAUGGUUGGAAAAGCUGAGGGCUCAAGCAGUUGGGAUGCACAUCCCAGGUGUCUUAGUGGGGAAUAAAACAGACCUAGUUGAUCGUCGAGUUGUGGAGCAGGAACAAGCACAGAAGUGGGCUGAGAAACAUGGCCUGGAAUACUGUGAGAUGUCAGUGAAGGAAAUGAAAAAUUUUGAGGCCCCUUUCCACAUCCUGGCAAAGUUAUUCCACCAACUGUACAAAGAGAAAGUGGAAACUUUUCAUUCACUAGCCUGACUGGAUCUGGUUUUUUCCUUCGGCAUGCCUCACUGUCCCUGCCUGGUGGGAGCUGUGUCGCGUCCAGCCGCUGUCACUUGGUGACGCAGUGCCCUCUGCUGGUCCCAGGUCACAGGAGUUCUCCAGAGGCUGCCGCCUCCCUUGAAGUGAGCAGAAAAGGCAUCCUGCAGGCACGUCCAAAUUGGCUUAGCUGCAAAAUGGAGUCAAAUUACAAGAAUACCUUUUCUAUUCUAAAGAUUAAUCUAAAGCUUACAAAAAAUUACCUUUUCUUCUUCAUGUCUUUAUCAUCUUAUGUAUUGUUGUGUCAUUUUUGUCAGUUGAAUUUGGCAAUAUCAUUCUGAUUAAGGUUCAGUUUUCAAUCUCCAAAUCAGAGUCCUCUUAUUAAAGUCUCUCUGCUUGUCAUUGAAUUUCAGAUAAAAGACCACGGUUCUGAUGUUGCUAGUGGAAACAGGACUAAGGAAAUGAAAGACAGCCUGGCUAAGUUACUCUGACUCAGCUGUGUCUGGCUAGAAGUUUCAUAUUAAAAAGGGUAAAAGCCUAGAGAGAUUUGCUGUAUUGUGUGGAGUACUGAUGUUACAUGUGUAAGAAUCUUUGCUAAUGCAGUAUACAGAAGCAUCUGUGUUAAGGUACUGCCUUGUAACUGAGCCUAACACCAAAAGUUUCAAAAAUUUAACCUAUGGUAGACUCCCUUGGCCUAGGGAAGCUGAGUUUUGUAGAGACUAAGCACUGAGUGAUUUUUCAGGCAGUCUUUUCAGGAAUCUGUGUUUCAAGACUUUUAUACGUGUGGUUUAUAAGCAUUUUUAUGCCCAGUGCUAGGAAAAGUACAUUAAAUUGAAUGUAAGAAAUAUG